AAUCAUUAAUCUUGCUUACUCUCUCAUCAAAUAAUUAUAAACUUCAACCAAAAAAAAAAAAAAUUAGUGUGAAAAUUUCUUCAUUGUACUAAUAAUUAAGAAUGUCUUCUUCAAUUGAACUAGGAAUUGGUCAAUUAUCAGAGGCUAAUAAUGUAAUUCUCAUGUCUUUGAUGGAAGAAACACAUGAAUUAGAAGAUGAAUAUUGUGGUGAUGAUAAACUUGUAAGUAUGAUCCAAUCACUUGAAGCAGAAAUAAGUGCAACUCAAAAUUAUGACAUGGGAUAUAUGGAUGGUCAAGAUUGUUCCAAGUCAUUCAUUGAUCAUCCAGAUCAUUGGAUUGAUAUGGAAUUGAUCUCUUCCUCACCGUUUGAUGAGGUGAAUGCAUGGAUUCCUUGUGGAGAUGAGAUGGAGCAUGUGGAAAUGGAAUAUGAAGAUCAAAAUUUCAUUGAUGAUUAUCAAAUGUGUUAUGGAGUUUUCUUAGAGCAACAACAUAUAGAAACUUGUAAUUUGUCCCAAGGACCAAAUUAAGCAAUAUUAUGAAGAGUCCUUGAGUAUAUAUCAAAACUUUUUUUUUUAACAAUCAAUAUUAGCAUUUCUGAUAAUUAUUAGUAUUAUUUUACUUUUAAGAAUAAACCAUCAAUUUUCGCUAUAACUUUGCCUCUUACA